AUGUCUUUCGAAAUACCCACCUCUAUUGAUGCAGCGGCGAGAGAAAUAUUCCUUGAAGAUUAUGAUGAAGAAGUUUUAGAUUAUGAAUCUGGAAAGUUAAGAGCAGCCAAUCGAUCCAAAAAAGAUAGUACUAUGCCAGCUUUUGGUCUAAGAGAUCGGAUUAUUAUUCAUACUGAACCAUCAAGAAACCCAUCAAAUCAAACUCUUCAUCAUCAACAUCGAAAUUGUCAUCAUUCACCACCUCAAAAUCAACUUAAUUCUUCAUUUCAAAACCUUUCUGUCUUUGGAACUACCACUCGAAGUAAUCUUAGAUCAUUCACAGAUUCAUUAUGCAUUCGUCCAACCGUUUCACAAAUCUCACAAGGUAUUAAAGAUAUCAUGUCAAAGAAACCAAAGUACAUAAGGAGAAAAGUUGUAGAAGAUGAAGAUGAGAAGGAAACUUGUGAAGUUGAAUUUAUUGCGGAUGAACGUAGGAGGCGAAGACAAGGAACGAUUCUAGAUGGUCAAGAAGUUGAUCAACGGCUCAAGGCGGAAUUUGGAUUUGACAUGUCUAGGAUUUCUGAAAGUUCUUCUCUCGAUGUUAGUAAUGGUUGUGAUUAG